AUGGCCGAAGCGGAUAGGGUGACGGGCGAGUUCGCGCGGACGCGUCGAACAGAUGACGCUAGUGAUACACCAUACUGGCUGGAAACGGAUUGCCGGCGACAUGGCCACCUAAAUGAGCCGAGUUAUCAGGCCACUCGCGACCGUUGCAACAGUUCUAAAUUCGAAACCGAGUUCCCGCUCAGCGUCCGCGUCGCGUCACUAGAUGACGCGACCGUCAUCGUUACCGGUCCGCGCGGCGUCUUCUCUCCGCCCCGGCGCGGCGUUGCGGGGAACGGAAAGACGUCUAUUUUCGGAGCUCGUAGCGUUACGCCGUGGGACGAACCAGAUCGAUUGCGAAGGCCCAGGGAUUCGCAGCAAAUUUGGACUAUU